CCAACGAGGAUUCCCAUUUUUCCUCAAGACAGGGAUAGGAAAGGAUUCAUGAAGGUUGAUGACUUGAUGGGAACAAAACAAGAUGGCUCUCCCAACCCUGCCCCAUCCCAUUCAGCGUCCAGAGGCAAGCGAUGCCCCACUGACGCCGCUGCAUUCCCUUCACGAAGCGUAUGAUGCAUUCACUUUACAGGAUCAGAAGUUUGCCAAGAUUAUAAGCUAAUAUCAAAUACAAGCCUCAAGAGAAGCCGCCAACUUGAUUAUAAGCAUUAUCCUGUCUGAAUUGUAAAAACUGAGGCUCGCGUAUAACUCCAUAGCUCAGCAAUAAAACCCAGUGCUUGAU